AUGGCCCUCCACGUCCGCCCCGAUUUCCUCCCCCCGCAAGCACCGCGAAAUGUAACAACCAGCAUCAUCGACUUUUCCGCCACGGACCCCGCCAUCCCCCGAUACAAGCGACACUUUGCCGCCGUCAUCGACAACUUCAUGACCGAGGAUGAGUGCAAAGAGCUCCUCGCUAUCGCCGAGCAGUCUACUAUAUCCGACAGCACCGACAAAGAACCAACCUGGGAGCGCGCCAUGAUCAACAUCGGCGGCGGUCGACAAGCCAUAGCCACCGACGUGCGCAACUGCGGCCGCAUCAUUCUCGACUCGCAAGACCUCGCCGACAGGUUGUUGGCACGUCUGAACCCGUUUUUUCGGCGCUGGGAGAUGGAUCGGUUAGAGAACAAGUUCGCGGUAACGGGCCAGGCAGGCAGGCAAGUCAUUUAUCAUCUGACGCGACUGAAUGAGAAACUGCGGUUUUUGAAGUAUGUUGGCGGCGAGUACUUUCGGCCGCAUUGGGAUGCGAGCUACCGAACACCCUCUGGGGACGAGGCUUCGCUGUAUACAAUUCAUUUGUAUCUGAAUGGUGACGGAGAAGAGGGCCAGGAUUUGGAAGAGGUGUUGAACCGGCAACAGAUGGAGGAGAGCGGGGAGGAACUCCCAGCCAACGAAGAAGAACAAGGCACACUUCUGGGAGGCGCGACGAGUUUUAUUCCUUCCUGGGAUCAGGAGGAUCAUGCGGUCAGAGUAUGGCCCAAGACCGGACGUAUCCUCGUAUUCCAGCAGAGUGACCUCUUGCACGGCGGCGACUCGGUGUAUCGCGGCACCAAAUACACUGUCCGGACAGACGUGAUGUACUCGAAGAAGCACCCGGCGACAGUUUCAACAGUUUGA